GGCAGUUGGCAGAAUGGAGACCGCAGCAGCGCUCGACGACGUGCUUGCCAUCGCCAUGACGAGCCAAGACAGUUGCAUCGAGAUUCGCAUCAAGACGCUCAAUGACCACAGCUUUGCGCUGCAGGUCCGCCCCGGCAUCGCAGUGAGCGAGCUCAAGGCGAUGCUGCAGACGACGACGCAAGUCCCCGAGCAUCGCCAGCGGCUCAUCUACCGAGGCAAGCUCAUGAAAGACGCCGAUCAACUCGCCGCGUACAACGUGGAAGAUGGGCAUACGCUGCACCUCGUGGCGAAGCCCGAGCAGAUCUACAGCGCCGACGGUACAAGUGCGUCCGAGACCGAGCCGCUGCUGCCGCCCUCGCGCAAUGUAUUGCGUUCCCAGUUGCGCCCGCGGCAGUCGCGACUCGACUCGGCGGCAGCGUUCGCCUCGAUGCGCCGGCGGCUCGGACUCGACGAAGAUGGCUCAUUGCUUUCGGACGCACUCAACUUUAGACACGCUCGGUCGACCGCGUCGCUGCCCAGCGACGCCGACACGCGUUUGGAUUUGACGCCCGAGCCCGAGCCCGAAGCCAGACCCCCGGCCGUCCCGUUCGAGCACAUUGAGCAAGGACUGCUAACGAUCCGCACUCUACUGUCGACAGCGGCCUCUGCGACACCACCUGCCACGACGGGUGCAGAGCGGGGCGCAACGCUGCGCGCUCGCCGCGUCUUUUACGUCGGCCAAUGGCUCGACGUCAAGGACACGGUCAACCAAUGGCUCGAAGGCACCGUGCUCGAGCUCAGCGCGACGCACGUCCUCGUGCACUACCACGGGUGGCCCACGCGCUGGGACGAGUGGGUCGAGAAGAUCUCGCCGCGCCUCGCCGCCUUUCGGACUCGGACACUACAUCCGACGGGGUCGCCCUUCCAGAGCCCGACACCCAUCGCGCGCUCGGCGCGGUCGACGCCGCCGCCGACGGCACGCUCGCUUAUGCCACAGAUUCGCGAUGCGCUCCGAGACAUGCUACCGUAUGUCGACCACCUCGCCAUGCUCUGUGACGAGCCCGACGCUACGCCAGCACUCGCCGAAGCCGCCGACGUUGUCGGCUCCCUCUUUGAUCGCGUCGGCCGCGUUCUUGUCGACGCCGCCACGCACGUGGAGAGCCUCGCGUCGCCCCACCGCAUCGACAACGACGGUAUCUUGUGA